AUUCCAUCCCCUCAUUCCACAAAUAAAAAUCAUAAAGUGGGGAAAAACUCUACUUUUCUCUAAAAAUUACACCCCCCACCCCCGCCCUCAACAUCGUCUCCAAUCUUCUCAUCUCCGAUGCAGAAAAGUCCCAAAAUUAUCUGAAAAAAUGCAGUUCCUGUUCUUCUCAUAAUGACCUAAUCCCGGCAUUCCCCCCAAAAAAAAAAACGAACCAAAGCCCUAGAAAACAUCCAAUCUUUGCAAAUCUCAAUGUUCUGAGCUCCAUCACCCCCAAAUUCGACCUCGGAUCCGGAUCCGGAUCCGACAGCGAUGGCGGCGGAGCAGGAGGCGGAAUGCAACCCCGUGAAGAAACCGGGGCCCGUUUCCAUGGAUCACGUGCUUCUAGCCCUAAGAGAAACGAAGGAAGAGCGCGAGGUUCGAAUCAGGAGUUUGUUCAGCUUCUUCGAUUCCGAAGGGAAAGGGUCCCUCGAUUACGCGCAGAUCGAGGCGGGGCUCUCGGCGCUGAGGAUUCCGGCGGAAUAUAAGUAUGCAAGGGAUUUGCUGAAGGUUUGUGAUUCAAAUAGGGAUGGGAGGGUGGAAUAUCACGAGUUUAGGAGGUACAUGGAUGAUAAGGAGCUGGAAUUGUACCGGAUUUUUCAGGCAAUUGAUGUGGAGCAUAAUGGGUGUAUCUUGCCAGAGGAGCUUUGGGAUGCGCUCGUCAGGGCCGGAAUUGAAAUCGAUGAUGAGGAACUCGCUCGCUUUGUAGAGCAUGUAGAUAAGGAUAACAAUGGAAUUAUAACUUUCGAGGAAUGGAGGGAUUUUCUACUGUUAUGUCCUCAUGAGGCAACAAUCGAGAACAUAUAUCCGUACUGGGAAAGAGUGUGCCUUGUGGAUAUUGGUGAACAGGCUGUUAUACCGCAUUCAAAUGCAAGCAAAUACUUGAUUGCAGGUGGUGUAGCUGGAGCAACCUCUCGAACAGCUACAGCUCCUCUUGAUCGUCUUAAAGUGGUGAUGCAAGUGCAGACAAAAAAAACAAAAAUUAUACCAGCAAUAAAGGACAUAUGGAAAGAUGGUCGGUUUUUGGGAUUUUUCAGAGGGAAUGGGUUAAAUGUGAUGAAGGUUGCCCCUGAAAGUGCAAUAAGAUUUUACAUGUAUGAAAUGCUAAAAACUGCCAUCGUAAAUGCCAGAGGUGAAGAGAAGAAUGACAUUGGUGCUUCUGGGCGCCUUAUUGCUGGUGGAUUCGCAGGUGCCAUUGCACAAACUGCUAUUUAUCCUAUGGAUCUUGUUAAAACUCGGCUGCAGACAUAUAAUUGUUUUAGUGGGAAAGUCCCUAGUCUUCCUAAACUCUCAAAAGAUAUAUGGGUGCAUGAAGGACCUCGAGCCUUUUAUAGAGGCCUUGUCCCUUCUCUUCUUGGAAUGAUACCAUAUGCAGGCAUAGAUCUGGCAGCAUAUGAAACAUUAAAAGAUAUGUCAAGAAAGUAUAUUCUUAAAGAUAGCGAACCUGGUCCUCUUAUCCAACUAGGUUGUGGAACAAUUUCGGGGGCUCUAGGGGCUACAUGUGUUUAUCCCUUGCAGGUUAUCAGAACAAGAAUGCAAGCCCAGAACACCAAUUCAGCCACUGCAUAUAAAGGAAUGUCUGAUGUUUUCUGGAGAACACUUCAGCAUGAAGGUUUUAUCGGAUUUUAUAAAGGGAUAUUCCCAAAUCUUCUCAAAGUGGUGCCUUCUGCAAGUAUUACGUAUCUUAUUUAUGAAACAAUGAAAAAAAGUCUUUCUCUUGAUUAAAGGACAUUAUUUUUUUUCCUGAUAGCCAUCUUGAUUGACAUGGCUGACUAUAGAGUUUAUGAUGACGAUAAAGAGGAUACUGAUUCAGUAGGUGAAAUGAAUGUUUCAAUUAUAACAAAGUACUUCUUUGGGAUAAAAGUAUAGGUUUUGUUAGCGGCUUUUUUUGCGGUCCUCGAUGGAUGUAAUAAGAACAAGACACCUGGGUUUCAUGCUCAAGAUCUGACAUUGGUCCCAGUUUGGCCUUUCAACAAUCUGGAGUUUGUUCACUUUCUCGGGGCAAGCCAUGUUGUCGGGGAAUGAGUGUGUAUUACUGCUAGUUCAUUCUGGCACGUCUGCUGAAGAUGUUCCUGGCUUACAUUUAAAAAUUUUGAUAUAUUUUUCGGUUA